GCUCAGUGGAUGCCGGCCGUCCACGUCACCACGAGUUCGACGGCUCUGGGGGUGGGCGGCAGCGGCGGCGGCGCUAGCGACGCGGGAGGCACCCCCACCGUCAACAUCGACUGUGCGGACGGCAAGUCCUGCUCCACCACCAUCCCGGUGCGGCCGCCCGCCGCCACGCACAGCCCGACCUUCAAGCCGUACUCGCAGGAGGUCCUCGACAAAUUCUUAAGCGACUACGCCACGGUUACGACUGCCGGAAACGGGACUGACCCCGUCGGCGGUAAGGAGCUUCUGCUCCAGCUGCAGCAGCAACGGCAGCAGCAGCAGCAGCAGCAGCAGCAGGUGGCAGCCGGAGAGACGCUGGGCCAGUCAGCCGAUGGCGCCGAGAUAGAGCCCACUAACAGACUCGCCAACCUGUACCUCGACGACGGCGGCGACGGGUCGAGUGUGGACAACAGCACUGACGACAAGAGCAAGUCAGUGCAGUGGUCCUUGCUCAAGUCCCAGCACCACAAGCACCCCUACGACGACCACAAGGGAUGGGUGACCCUCGAACCGGUGCCGUGGUCCUCCAGCCACGUGUCCAAGUGGCAGAGCAACGUCCAGCCGGGUCGGCCGUGGGACAACAGCCCAUCGCCCGGCACUUGGCACAACGACAUCGACCAGCGGCCCGCCGGGCCAUUCCCGCCACCUCACCAUGGUCCCGGCCCCGGCCAUGGCCACGGCCCCAACCACGGCCCCAACAGCGGCUACCACCACGGCCAGAACACGCAGAACUUUAACGGCAAUGGUGACUGGCCCAGCGGUGGUGGCGGCGGCGGCGGCGGCGGCGGCGGUGGUCCCCCGCGACCCUCGUGGUCCAACGGCCCGGGCUGGGACCAGGACCGCCCUGGGCCUGGGGAUAGCUACCGACCCGACCGGCCGGCUCCUGCCAACAGACCGUCGCCGUCGUCCUGGGAGUCCAACAGGCCCAACAAGUGGGACCGGCCGAGCCCGGCGGCCUCUGAGCAGUGGGUCAGCUCGGCCGACCCGGACAUCAUCACGGACAACAGCCCGCCGGACUUCCCCGCGCACCCCGGCGCGCAACAGGGGCUGUCGCGGCCUGGCGGCUCCUACUCGUACGGGCCGGGCGGCGGCGGCGGAGGCCCGGCAGGCCCCAGCGGACCCGCGGGGCGCCCCUGGGGAGGGAACCAGCCGCACAGGGAGCCCGGGCGCCAUCCCCCAACGCACCCCGAGGAGGGCGACGGCACCUGGGUGCUCUUGUCCUCCACCAAGGGCUACUCGACGCCCCCGCGCGGGCGCCUGCCGCACCAGCGCGCGCUCACCGUGUCCACGCACCGCUCCGUGCGCCUCACCGUGCUGCCGCCCGAGAACGGCACCAACAUGACCACGUCCCACGGCGGGCUGCUCGAGGUCGAGGACACGCAGCACACGGUUGACGAGUCGCAGCGGCUGCACGCCGCCUCGCUGCUCAAGCAGGCCCUGGACCACCACCACAACGCGACGCUCAGCUCGUACGAGUCCCUGGUGCGCGAGGCGGCCCGCGUCCACGAGGCGCAGCUCCUCAAGCAGGCGCUGGCCGACCGGCGUCUGGCCAACGCCACCGCCCUCUCCGCCGACAUCCUGCAGCAGGCACAGGCGCAAGCCGCGCAAGCUGCGCAAGCCGACAGGCGGGCUGACAACCACACGGUGGCGGCGGUGCCAGCUGCUCCCGCUGCGGCCGUCCCGACGAAGACCAAGUCCAGCAAGUCCAGGACCAAGAUCAGGAUCGAUCCGCAGCCCCAGCCGCAGCAUUCCGCCGACUCGCCGAACUUCACGGGACGCGGAGAAGGCUCCGGCAUGGCGCUGAAGGUGGUGCGUCCUGCCACGCCCUCGCGCCGCUCGAUGGCGCUCGCCGCCGUGGGCGCGGGCCUCCUACCCGCCACCAUGGCCAUGCUGGUCCCCAUCAUGCUCGGGCGGCGACGCCGCAGCGUGCCAGAGGACGACACCGAGACCAGGCCCAAGGCGGACACUGCCUACACGGCGUACGCGCCCGUCGACCAGCCGCUGGAGGCCGAGGACAGCCCUCCCAGAGUCAUCGACUUCGCACCCUCGUCGUCCUGGCCGCGGCUCAGGCGGCGCCGCGCCCUGGGGCGAAGCCGGAUCUAGUCUGCUAUUCGACAAGUAGCCUUAUGUCGCCUACCGAGCAUGACGGACAAGACAAAGGACAACACUGCCACUACUGCUACCUCGAGUGUUCAGCCCUAUAAUUUGUGUAGGACGUCAAAUGUUAGAUUCGUAUACAGGGUGGUCCACAAGACCCCUUCCUUUAUUUUGCUUAUACUGUACCGUAUGCAGGCGUGCGGGCGGGUUUGCCUACCGUCGCUCACCGCGGCGCCUCAUGGCCCCAUGCGAGUAUGCAACCCGGCCGGCCGCACGCCUGCAUCCGGUACAGUAUAAGCAAAAUGGAGGAAGGGGUCUGUGAACCACCCUGUACGUUGAACAUUUGGAUGUGUUUUGUUGAUAUGUUGAGCACAGGAUGUCCCGUCUGAGGAAUACAUAUGUGUGCUUAUCAUUUGGACGGCAAAAAUAUGUACGCAACACGACUUUUUUGAACAUGACGUACAGAAUAGCGCUGAAGGCGUGACGUGACGCUUCAAACUUCACCCCGACGACGCCGAACAGCAUAUGAGGUGCCAUGCCAUGGUGCCAUCCUACGUUAGGAGUCGUCUAGCUAGUGCGUCCGUUUUUCUAGGAUUCGGCAAAUACCAGGAUUUCGGUGCCUGCUGGACUCAGGGUAGGCUACCCCACAGAACACGCGUGCGCUGCAGGCAAAAUGUUGCCUGCCUAUCAGGCGCUACGAGAGCUUGCACAGGCUGAACUUGGCAGUUUCGUAACGACGAGUGACGGACUUACUUUCUAUAGAAUCUCUAACGGUGCGCCAGGCCACUGCUACACCGACGAUGGUGACCCAUUUUAUGAAAGUUGACUUGACAAACUAGACCAAACGUGACCAUCGCAUAUUUCAGGUUUGCGCAGCCUACAGAGAUCCUAAUGCCUGACGAGACAGAUUACGCCAAUCAGUGACGGACAAUAUUGUUUUACAUGCGAAAGCGAAUUACAUUUUAAAAAUGUGUGUUCUUGCAUUGCUAACUUUAGUAUGUCAUUGUGGUCUCCAAUGCGUGCACAUAGACUGAACUGUUUAUGUCCAUUUAUUUUCUAUUUGUAUAUAAUGUGUGUUCGUGUCAGACCUUAUUUAUUUAUGUACAUAU